AUGGCUUCACAUUUCAGAGAAACCUUUCAUCCUGAGUCACUAACAAAUGCCCUUCAUUUAGAUAAUCAAGAGUUUAUUCCAAACCAGCAUUCUACUGUGCAGUUUGAAGAAAACAUCUAUACCUCACCAAGUGCUCAACUCAACUUUCCACCAAAUGGCAAUGGCUCCUUGGCAAAGCAGGAGCUGCAAAUACUCUGGGACAUGUUUACCUCUUGGUUGCAGCCUGAAAAGCAGAGCAAGGAGCAGAUGAUUUCUCAACUGGUCUUAGAGCAGUUUCUCCUCACUGGGCACUGUAAGGACAAGUUUGCCUUGAAAGAGCACUGGGAAUCAAGUGGCAGAAACAUGGGAAGAUUCAUGGAAGGGCUGACUGAUGAGUGCUUGAAGCCUCCUACUAUGGUCCUUGUCUAUAUGCAGGGGCAGGAAGCCCUCUGUUCUGAGCACAUGUCCUUAAAAGAAGUCAUCAAAUAUUUGAAACAACAGCAAGCAUCACUAAUGCCAACACAAGAGAAACCAAAGACACACUUGCAGAGACCCCAAGACGUGUUCUUGGAAACAGGAAAUAAGAACAGUGAAGAUGGCUCCAAUAGUCCCUGGAAUCCUAGUGAAAGGAAUAGUGUUGUUAAUGGUCCUGGAAAUGACAUGGGUCCUCUUCUCAUUAUACAAACAGAUCAAUAUUCUGAACCUGAAGAUAGAGCUGUUUCUUAUUCAAUCCCCCAGAGUGUCAGAAAGACAAGUGAAGGCACUUUCAGGUACCCAGUAGAGUCCCCGAGGGCACAUUACUCUGAAGAUGUCCCUAUGGAGGUAAAUCCAGGAUUAUUCUUCAAGCUAGACCAGAGUAAAGACAACGAAGAUGGCUUCAAUGCUUUCUGGAAUGCUAGCCAAAUAAAUUGUGGUGUUAGCAGUUCUGCAAAUGAGAUAGAUUCUCUUCUUACCCAGACAGAGGAGUAUCCUGAUCCUGAAAAGCGGUGUUUCUUAUGGAGACAUUGA